GGCGGAGCCUGCGCCCGAACGAGCUGUCUGGAAGCCGCCCGCGCCUGAUCUUGGCCUCCACCUCUGCUUACAGGAAGUCAUUAUGUAGGAAUGAUGUGUACUCCCAAGAAAUGUGGAAUUAGAUUCCAGCCGCCAGCUAUUAUCUUAAUCUAUGAUAGUGACGUCAAGGGGAAGAGUCGCCAGCGGAUCAUGCCAGUUCGAAACUUUUCAAAGUUUUCAGACUGCAGCAGAGCUGCUGAACAACUGAAGAAUAACCCACGGCACAAGAGUUACCUGGAACAAGUAUCUCUGAGGCAGCUCGAGAAGUUAUUUGGUUUUCUACGGGGUUACUUGCAGGGACAGAGUUUGGCAGAAAUGAUGGAACAGAUUCAGCGGGAAAGAACCAUCGACCCCGAGGAAGACCUGAACAAACUGGAUGACAAAGAACUUGCAAAGAGGAAGAGUAUCAUGGAUGAACUUUUUGAGAAAAAUCAGAAGAAGAAGGACGAUCCAAAUUUUGUUUAUGACAUUGAAGUUGAGUUUCCCCAGGAGGAGCAACUACUUUCCUGUGGCUGGGACACAGAAUCAGCUGAUGAGUUCUGAAGCUAAGCACUCAGAAUUUAUUGGGCUGGCCCAAACUGUAGGUUUAUAUAAAAUGUUUAUAGCAAAAUCUCUGUAGAGCACCAAAUGCACAUGUUGGGUAAUCAUUGGAUUGACUUUUAGAAUCAGGGCAUUUAGAGCCUCUUCUCGGUUGGUGCAUAUGGAAGGUAAGAAAAGCUGAGGCAAAAAAAAAAGAAAAGCUGAGGCUAGGGAUCCUUAAGGAGCCAGUCUACUUUGAAAAGCCUGCGAAGAGCUCAUGACACUGCCAGACGGCAGCAAAAGUAGAGCUGGGUGCUUGAGAAAGACAGUUGUGUGUCAGCGAGGAUCACAGUCUACCUAGAGCACCAUUGAGUAGUCAGGGAAGACUUGGCCUGGUACUUAAAAUGGUAGUAUUUAAAGGUUAAGACUCUGUAGGAUUCCCGCUGGAAGAAACUGGGAAAGGGAGGAGGGACAGUGGUAAAGAGAUAGGGAAUGAAAAGUUUCAUGUAUAGAAUGGGAAGCAAAUUACAGUUUGACAAGAUUGGAGAACAUCUGGUUCUCAGUGAAUUAUCCAGUAUACAUUAUGUUUUUUAAAGUACUCGUUAUAUAUGUGUGCACUCUGCAGUAGAGUGCUCUUGCAGAAUGUCAUUUGAUGGGCAGCAGGGAGUCUUCCCUGUCAAGUAUUGGGGAGUAUCUACUACAGAUAUUCAGAAACCCCAGACCUCUUCCCACCCACAAGAGGUUUAUUUGUAAAAUGGGAAAUCCACCCUAUUAAGUGAGCAAUGGGUGCUGCUUGUUUAAGCCUGUUCCUGAGUUUGAAUCUACAAAGAGAGAUCCGUGUUAAACCUUUGCUCAACAAGAUUAUCUGUACAUAAACACAUCUUCCUGGAAUAUUAUUUAAUUGGUAGAAAUUUUAUAUUCUUUGCAAGGAAGUUAGUAUUCAUUAAAUACGUCUUUAGAUAAUUA